CGUCACGGAGUUGCACACGUCUGUCUCUCGGUCCGUCAGUACUAUAUCAGCGACAGACUGCAAGAGUCGGCAGAGGCCUUGGUUUGGUUGCUAAAGGACUACGAAAAAAAUAAAAACAACGACAAAAUAAUGAAGCAUUUUCUUGCGCUGCUGUGUGUCAUUGCGUACUUCGGUCACGCAGAGGCUGACGACAGGAACAGAUACCAAGAAACUGUGCAAGAUUUCCUAGGACUGUUGGAGAGAGACACAUCACCCCCUAAAGGAGGUUCAAGCAGUGCCAGCCAAGCAAAUGAUUUCAUCGACGUUGUCCUGCUGCAGAGGAUGCCUGUACUCAUCAGGGAAACGCCUGGCUUGUUUCCGGCAGCUCCGUUGCCUCCCUACGAUUUCAAGGUGUACAAGACGUCCAUCACUAAUCGUGACCUGAAAGUGAACGUGACGCGAGGUGGGCUCAGGAACUUCGACACGGCUGUAAUCCGCGUCGGCGACUGCAUCCCCACUCUGGUGGCCGGGAACACGAGCGUCAGCUGCACACUCAGCUUCGAUGGGAUCCUCGCUGAACUUGUCACAGUGACCAAGGGAGACAACCUGCUGGGCAUAGUGAAAUCCGUGGACGUCGAAGCCCUCGUCUACAACACGACCGGCCGGCUCGAGGUCACCGCGGCUCCGAACCGACCGGGAUUCGUGCGCACUCUGUUCGUGGAAAGCGUCAACUUCGACGUCAGGCCCGGAUCGAACCUCGAUUUGAACGAAGUCCGGAUGAGCAACUUCAAGUCGUACAUCGCUAACUUUCUCAGAGAAGAGUUGUACAUGAACAUAUACGGCAAUUAUCAGACGCUCCUUAACCACGCGGUCGCCCGCAUGAACUUUGUUCUGUCCUAGUGGCGGUCCGCACACGGUGGAGAAGAAGAGUGACCUGGCGACGCUACACGAGGCUUUUUGAACGCUACGUAGGAGCGAGCGUACAAAAUUUUCUUCACAUGGUUGGGGAUGCAGAAUUUUGCUACGAAGCGAGAGCACAAAUACAGUUAAUGCAAAAGAAGAAAAAAAUUGUAGAGUGCAAUGAACGCAUUGUUAUUGUGUGCCACAUGUAUCUUUGCUGAGCUUGCACGUGAAAUGAAAUAAACAGAAAUAAAGCCGGUGCAACUACAA